AUGGAUUUCAACACUGUCACAGUUGAAGGCUCUGGCCACAACGUUAGGGAAGAUGACGGCAUGCUGAACUGUCUGCCAGAAAUGAAAAGCGUGUAUUCUGAACAUUUUAAGCCUUUUCAAGACAAGCUGUCUUUGGUUCUUCAGCACUCUCGGUCACAUUUCAGGGCACUAGCGGGACGAGAAAGCUUUGCCGGGUUCUUGAACGUUCCCCUCAUCAGCGACGUCCUAGUGAAGACCAUAGAAAUGAUGUUUGAAGCACCGAAACCUUGUGUGCUUCAGCUUCAGAACGACGAAGUCAGUGCCAAUAUCAAUUGGCUGGACGUUAUCAAGGAAAGGGAUUAUCAGGCCGAAUACAAAGGGAAUGGAAUCUACCAUUUCCAUAUGCGGGACAGGGGCGUGACUGUCCUGUUGUCUGCUUUCCAGCACAACAUGAUCCUUUCAGGAUUACCCCGGAAGCUGGUUCAACCAUGGUCCUACGAAAAGGACGUACAGACGGAAUUAAACACCUUGGCGCUGGCAGCCGAAAUGACAUCACUGGUGAAUGAACUUGCAUCGGAAAUCAUCAAAGUCAAUAACUCUGUGCUUGAAGAAAUAUUAAGAAGAGAUCGAAUUCUUCGCCGCAGUCCGGAGCCAAGUCAGAGAUCGGCGGGCUCGCCCUUUCCCCUGGAGUCCGCCGAAAAGCCAGCGCACUUUACGCCUGCGCAGGUUGACGCAGAUUCGCUCGAUGGGAUGGCUAUCAAGACUCAAAAAACAGACGUGCAAGCCAGUGCUUCAAAACGCGGUGCUGGAACGCGGAACUUCGCCAAAAACAGAGCUUGGCCUUCAGAAGUGCUGAAGCAGCUUCCUCUAUGGUUCGAAGACCAAGUAAGGCAAAAUCUGUCGCAGGAAGAGAUUGCCCAAAACUUUCACCGAAUAUUCAAGCAAAAACGGACCUUCCAUGCUAUUGAGGCAAAAGUGUAUUUCUUGACAGGAAAAAGCCCUUUUAGGAAGCGCAAUAAGAAGACUUUGCGCAAAGAACCUGUGUCUUUGACACCUCGCUCCUCCCCACCGCUUCCUCAACCUUUUGAAUCAGUGGACUUGACCCAACAAUUGAUCUCGAGGUCGAACAUCGAGGUUCACGCAUUACGUCUAGCCCCGAACCUACUACCCUAUUUGAAUUCUAACGACUGCGAGGAUGGAAGCCUUUAUGCCCUUCAUCGUGUUCCACCGGUUGGCCCUGAAUCAGAAUCCAGAGACCGACAUGCAGUAUCUGAACAGGAUACUGCGAAUCAAAUGUUAAGGUGUCGGUACGCAUCUCAGGAGCAUGAACUUGCGUCAGCUACAAGUCAAAAUGAAUGGCCAGUUCGAGGAAGCCCUCAGGCUGAAAAAUCACCCAAAACCCAUCCAGCGCCAUCAGAUAUGGUUCCCGAGAGUCAGCCAAGGAAUGAUAAUUCAAUCAAUGUCCUCGCUGCAAUACCAGGGACGGUUGAUUCUUAUUUGCCUCGAAACUCUCCCUUAGAAUCCCCUCGGAUAGCAGAACCUAUCCAGUCUCCAAUCCGGCAUCACCCUGAAGGCGAUACCACACUCGAAGAGCUGGGCCAAACGCUUAUCCACCGUACUGAGUCCAGUGCAAUGCACGUGGAACAGACAGACACGGCGCGUUGCGACCAAUCACCAGAGAAACUUUCUCCGCAAUCUUCACCCCGUGAGAUUCCAUUGGAUAGAAGUACAGCAAAUGAGGGUUCCAAUAAUGAAAACCAUACAGAAAGUGGACUGGGUGCGUUGCCUGUUCCCAGGGCAUCGACGCCCUUCCAAGUUCCUGAAUCAAGCUCCACUGGUGACUCGACUGAGCUUCCUCAAAACAGCGGAAUGGAUGGGCCAACCACCGAUACCUCUGGAAAAACUUUGUCUGAAGAGGAAUUGAUUAUAAGAUGUCUGAAUGAAAAAUCUCAACCAAAGGCGGAGCGUUCUCAUCGCCCGUGGAACGAUAAGGACCUGAACCGUUUACCAGGCUGGUUCAUGAAACGGAAAAAUCUACCAAAGGAAAGACUCGAAGUUGAGUUUCUAAGAGACUUUGGCCACUAUCGAAGUUCCUCUGCUAUCGUUACAGCUUACCGCAGAAAACGAAAGGCAGAUUGUCGCCAUAAGGAUGGAACCUCAACACCCACUCCAGGUCAAGUAUCUCCGCUUGUUCUCGAUACUAUGCGGGUAUCACGAUCACCCAAUGCCAUCACUCCCAGCUUGGAUCCAUCCCAUACCAUAGCAGCUCCGAGCAAUGAGAAUACUACACUCAAGCAUCCGCCGUUUGAGCGACCUCGAUCGCCGCAAGUUCAUCAGCCGCAGGUUUUAGACAACUCAGAGAGACUUUCUCGCAACAGUCCUCCACCAUUGCAUGAGGGUGAAGAAGCAGUGGAUCAAAAUCCACCGGCUGCUGUGGCCUCCGAAUGCGCUUCUGAACAGAUGGUGCUUCCAACACCUGAGAAUGCUGAAGAUACCCCCACGUUCGGCAAUCGGCGCCAUCGAGUUGACAUCACGCCAAAGCCUCCGGCCAGGUUCACAGCAAUUAAUGGUGGUAACGUCCAUCCCGCUGAACCAAAUAUCAGCGAAUUGACUCCUCAGAUGGAGACCAAUAAACGAGACACUCUUCCUGGCGGACAACUAAGCCAGCGAGCAUCAAAAGGAAAGCCUGUCGAGCAGAGAAGAGAUGACCAAAAUGUGUCACAGAAAGAAGGGUUCCAGAGUAAGCUCCCCUAUAAUGCAGUGUUAGCCUUAGUCACUUUGCCCCUUUGA